AUGGGAUUCAAUAAGGAGGUUACGGACAAAAACUUAAAAGCUGGUUCAAAUGUUCUGUGUGCUGAAAGCAGUGCGCUCGAGCUUUUCCUGAUUAAAAGAAAGAUAAAGGGGCCUUCAUGGUUACAGGUUUCAAAGUUUUCUACAAGUCAAAGGGUUAGCUGGUGCAAAUUUGAAGUGACCGUUGACUCUCCUAAAGACAUAAAGAGUUCAGCUCCUUCAAAAAUCACUUCUAAGAUUCCUCCUGUGGUUGUUGCAGCGAUGAGCUUGAAAACAAUCAUAAAUGAAAAACAGAACACAAAUGAGAUUGUAUCGGCAUCCAUUAUAUGUUGCAAUAUGGUUAAGAUUGACACUCCUAUGUUGGCUUCAGAGUGGAAGAGGCCUGGAAGGCUGACCCAUUUUACUGUUAUUCGUAAACUUGAUGGGAAUAUAUUUCCGAUGGGAUUCAAUAAGGAGGUUACGGACAAAAACUUAAAAGCUGGUUCAAAUGUUCUGUGUGCUGAAAGCAGUGAAAGAGCAUUGUUAAAUCGCUUGAUGUUAGAAUUACACAAGUUGGAUAGUGAUGUUCUUGUUGGACAUAAUAUUUCUGGAUUUGACCUGGAUGUUCUUCUCCAAGAAAAUAAAUAA